AUGUCUUCAACAGCCUCAACCAGCCCCUUUCCUUCCUCCACCCCAUCUCCACCAUCACUUACCCACCUCAACUCCCAAGGCGAAGCACACAUGGUCUCCAUAACCCACAAAGCCCCCACCGCCCGCUCCGCCACCGCAACCUGCACCCUCAGCUUCUCCUCGCCCACCACGCACGCAGCCCUCACGAGCGCCACCCUGCACAAAGGCGACGCCCUGGCCGUCGCGCGCAUCGCCGGCAUCCAAGCCGCCAAGCUCACCUCGACGCUCAUCCCCCUCGCGCACCCUUCGCUGCAGAUCACCUACGUGAAUGUGGGCAUUGAAGUUCUGGCGCCCGCCGAGUCAUCAAGCUCAGCAGCAGCGGAUGUGAAGUCGACGAACACGACGCCAAGGGAGUCUGGCGGCGCGCGCAUCACGGCUCGGGUCGACUGCGAGGGCAAGACGGGCGUGGAGAUGGAGGCGCUGACGGCGGCGCAGGUGGCGGGGCUGGCGCUGUAUGAUAUGCUCAAGGGGGUGGAUAAGGGCAUGUGCUUGGGGGAGGGGCGCGUGGUUGCGAAACGGGGUGGGAAGAGUGGAGGGUGGAGGUGGGAUGAGGAGGCGCAGGAGGUCGUGAAGGAGUCGUGA